UGUGUGUGUUCGCGCGCGUCCUGCAGGGGCGCUCUUUACUAAUCACGAUUUUCCUUUACUGGGAGUUAGUAGUGUGCAGAGAGUGAACUUCUGAUCGGGUGCAGAUAUGUGUGUGUGUGUGUGUGUGUGUGUGUGUGUGAGAGAGAGAGAGAGAGAGAGCGAGAGAGAGAGAAAGAAAGGUGUGUAAUGGAUCAGUGUUAGUUAUAGGAGUGUGAUUUUGGGCUGUUUAUUGCGGAAAAGUUCUAAAAACUGAAGAGAACUCCAGAUCACCGAAAUCCCGACACACGGUUCAAACUGGACACACACUGAACUACAGAAGUAUGGAUAACGAGGAUUAUGUCCUCAGUAUCCCCGUCCCGAUCAUGCCACGUAGAGCCUCCGACUCGAACCUUUACUCCUCGAGCAACCUGCAGCAGAAGAUCCUAAAGGCGAAGGAGCAGCUGAGGGUGGAGCGCAUGGAGCAGGACGAUAACGUGGCCGAGUUCCUCAAGCUGGUCAACAUGGCCGAUAAGCAGCAGGUGGCGAGAAUCCGGCAGGUGUUUGAGAAGAAGAACCAGAAAACGGUGCAGAACAUUAACCAGUUACAGAAGAAGCUGGAGCAGUACUACAGACGCAUCAAGGAGAGCGAGAACAACAACAACAACAACGGCUCCUCCAAGAACAGCAGCCCUAAAGACCCGGCUAAAGAUCAGACUAAGGACGUUUCCAAGGACAGUCCGAAGGAAGCGAGCGGAAGCGGGCGCCUUAACUGCCGGGACAAAUUAAAACCCAUCGCUCCUGCAGUGUUUCUCACACCGCCGUCCUUCUUCAACAAGCCCAGAGAAUUCGCUAAUCUCAUCCGCAACAAAUUCGGCAGCGCAGACAACAUCACACAGCUCAAGACCUCGCUAGACGAAGGUGGAGGCCGGGCGCUGGGCGGGAGCGCCACCAUAGUCGGCCAGUCAAAGUUCCACAGCGACGACGACGAGUGCUCCACGGGAACCUCGGCUUCGGCGGACAGUAAUGGAAAUUCUGACAUCCACAAACAUGACCAAAACAUCGUCAACAUGGUGCUAGAGGAACUUCAGGAGAUCCGUCAGUCCCAAAUCCGACUCACUGAAGCCAUGGAUGUUCUGAAACUGAACAUGAGUGAAGACAGUUUCCUCAUGCAGAGGCUCGAGGACGAGAGAGAGAGGGUGGAACGUCUGGAGGAGCAGCUCAACGACCUGGUUGAACUACAUAUGCAUGAGAUGGCGAAUCUGAAGCAGGAGUUAGCCAGCAUCGAGGAGAAAGUGGCUUAUCAGGCUAACGAGAGAGCCAGAGACCUGCAGGAGGUGCUGGAGUCGUGUAACUCUCGGCUGUGUAAGUUGGAGCACCAGGUGCAGGUGGUGCAGGUGGAGACUGAAGGGGUGUUUGGCCGUGAGCUCCUCGUUAAAAUCAUUAGUGUGCUCUUGGCCUUCGUCACACUGCUGCUGGUGUGUGUUUCCACGGUAACACGCUGCAUCAUGACCAGCAUGCGGAGCCGUACGCACCUACUGCUGACGGUGUUCAGUGCAGUGCUGAUCGCUCUGGUCUGGAAGAGCAGCGAGAGACUGAACACGAACACAGAACUACAAGUUCUCACCCAAACACCGAACUCUGAACCAAACACCUGGAUGGAGAACCGAACCUGAACCUGAACUCCACCCAGAAACUCGUCCCUUAAUCCUGAACCCGGACCCUGAACCGUCACACUGGACUUUAAGAGUGCUAUCACUCCGAAUAACUCUGAAUCAGAGUGAAAUUGAUUCUUUUGAUUCAUUUGCUAUUUGAUUCAGUUUGGUUUCAUCAUCCAUCCAUCCAUCUUCUACUGCCUACUCCUCUUCAGGGUCACGGGGAACCUGGAGUCUAUCCCAGGGAGCAUCGGGCACAAGGCGGGGUACACCCUGGACAGGGUGCCAGUCCAUCACAGGGCACAAUCACAUACACACUCACACACCCAUUCAUACACUACUGUGUGUAAUUAAAUAAAAUAAAGAGCAAAAAAUAAAAAGUUGGCAGAGGGGGUGGGGCUUAAAACAGAAAAAAAAAAAAAACAGAAAAAAAUUGUCCUUUUUUUGGUCAGAAAAAUCUAAACAGCCUUUACCCAAAAGUGAGGACACGUUUUACACAAAUCAGUGCUUUCUCUCUUUCUCUCUUUCUUUCUUUCUUUCUUUCUUUCUUUUCUUCUAAUCACACACAGCACUUCUGCAGUGUUUUGGCUCAGUUUAACCAGACCGGCAGCCCAACCCGAAACACACCACAUGUUUCACUCACUUCUGUAAGUGAGUCGACUCCGAGUCGGAUCACUUUCUCGUUAGACCACCUCUCUCGGACCCGAGUGUGAUCGCUGGAGUGUGUUUUCACCUGCAUGAAGAACUGUGCUGAAGGAAAGCGCACACCGGGGUUCGGUUCAAACACUCUAAACACUGAAGGGGAACGUGGACGUCACACGUUCGUAGUUACUUUCACUUUUCACUUUAUCUAUGUGACCUUUGACCCGUGAACUCGAGAACCUCAGCCGUGAGCCGAUAG